AUGAGCACCAAUAAUUUAGUAACACCGCAAUGGUUGCUCCAGAAUCUGAAUAAAGUCAGAGUCAUCGACGCCACGUGGAUGCCUGCAGAUGCCUACGCAACAGAACACAUCCCUGGAGCCGCCCAUUAUUCGUUUGAUUACGCUUACUUCAAGUCAGAAUACAUCAAAUUUGACCUCUAUCCACCAGAAGUUUUCCAAAAAUACAUUCGUCUGUUGGGAGUGAAUAACAAUGAUCAAGUGGUCAUCUACAGCAGAGGAGCUGCGUCUGGGAUGAUGUUUGCUUCAAGAGCUUAUUGGACUUUUAAGGUAUGA